GACGCCGGGCACGCCCCCUGAAUCAGCUCAACUAACUGCCCAAUGUCCGUGUUUGCAUGGCUUUAGUUGUUCGGGAAGGGAUUUAGCUGCAGGUGUAAGUGAGCACAGUGAAAGCUACAUCGUUCCACUGCCCCUUGGAUAUGCCCCGAGAUCGCUAGAAGUAAUCUGUGGAACUCAAUAUUUAUUUGCAGGAGCCGGGAAGAGGCACAAGUGACUCGCCCAGGAGCGUCGAACACAGUAUGGAAUGACUGGAGGAAAGCUUUGACAUCAUUGAUCAGAGGGGAAUUAUUUUCCCACAGUGAUGUUUGACCUGAGUGAUCAGUUAAUCACCAUGGGAUUAUGGUCCAUCAGCAUUGGAGCCUUUGGAGCAGCAGUGGCUGGAAUUCUGUUAGCCAACACAGACUUUUUUCUCUCACAAACUGAAAAAGCCACCCUAGACUACUUAGAAGAGACAGAAUUAAAGACAAUUGGAGAAGAACCAAGAUUGUUUAAGGCAAAGGAUUUGUGGGAGAGAGAUGGUGCUGUGAUUAUGGCGGUUCGCAGACCUGGAUGCUUUUUAUGCAGAGAGGAAGCUUCAGGAUUGUCUACUCUUAAACCUCAACUUGAUCAGCUAGGUGUUCCAUUGUAUGCUAUAGUAAAAGAGAAUAUUGGCAAUGAAGUUGAACAUUUCCAACCCUACUUCAAUGGCAAAGUAUUUCUUGAUGCAAAGGGACAAUUUUAUGGUCCUCAAAAACGUAAGAUGAUGCUUUUGGGUUUGGUAAGACUUGGUGUGUGGCAGAACUUUCGCCGUGCAUGGAAAGGGGGCUUUGAAGGAAAUUUGGAGGGGGAAGGACUAAUACUUGGAGGCAUGUUUGUGAUUGGAUCUGGGAAACAGGGCAUUCUUCUUGAGCACCGGGAGAAAGAAUUUGGAGAUAAAGCAAAUCUGACUGCUGUCCUUGAUGCUGCUAGAAAAAUAAGCAAAUAGACAGCACAAAAUGACAAUUAAACUUGCAGAACUACUAUAAAAAUUUAAUUUAUGUAAUACCAGUAGCAGCAUUAAGAGCAACUGCGAGUCCCCCUGUGACAUGAAUUCUCCUAACAUUAACUCAUGAGUGCAUAUUAUUUAUUUGCAAUGCCUUUGUUACUUGCAUAAUGUUUUAACUUGACAUAUUACCAUGCCUUAAUUUUUAACAUUUAAUACUCUCAAUUGAAAAAUUCAAGUAGUGUAAUAGAGACUAUGUUUGUAGGUGCCUAAUUACAGGGAUACAAAAAAAUAAUUGCAUUUUCGAUUUAAGAAUUGUGUCUAGAUGUUAAUGCUUUGAUUGAACAUAAACUAAAACAUAGAGUUCAUUGUAAUAUGGAGAUUGGUAGUUUUCUCCACUCCACUGAACUCCAUAUUUCUUGCUCACAAGAACCUUUAGUUUUUCAGAAACACUGUGUGUUAGCAUAACAAUCCCUAGUGCGUACACAUAUCAGAAGUGUCUUCCUAUCUUGAUAAUCUGGAUAAGCUUCAAACAGAUAUCCAUGAAGAAUUGAUUCAUUUCCAAUGUACUGCAAAUUUACCCAAGACUGGCCCAUUCUCUACUUGAUAUCUGCCAGUGUAUGGACAUAUUAACUUGAAGUUUACCCCAUACACUAGUUAAAAGUUAAUCAUGAAAUAAAUAGAACAAAGUGUACUUGGAAGUAAACCUUUAAAAUAAGUGAAUGUAAAAUUGAUGAGAAUGCUAUUCUAAGCACUUUUGCCAUUUGCAUUAUAUAUAUAUAUAUAUCAUUUUUUUUCCCCAAGAUAUUAAAGAGUACUGUUAGUAUAAAGGAAACCUGCUUGUCAGUUUCUGACCAUGAAGUAGUUGAGGAAGUUGUCAGUAAAAACAAAGUUGGCUGGUCUGAUGUUGUUCUGGUAAGGAAAGGUGUGAGAAAAGUUAACUGCGGUUUCUAAUGUUUUCCCUAACCAGAAGAACAUCUGACCAGCCAUCUUCCUUUCUCCUGUCAACUUCCUCUGCUACUUCAUGGUAGGAAACUGCCCAGCAGAUAGCGCUUUUGUAACAAAAUUCAUUCAUAUUAACAGUAAAUGUAUCAAUUAAUAUCUUGGGAUUAAAAAAAUAUAUAAUGAAUGUAAAUUGCAAAAGGGCUUAGAAGAGCACUCUCAACAACCCAUCUGCUGGGACUCAUUUAUGACUAUAAUUUAAUAUUUUUCCUAUAAUAGUUUUGUUCUGUAUGUGUGGUCCUUCUAGAAAACAAAGUGUCAUAACCGGGUUGAUAAAUAACCUUGUUUAGCUGGAAAAUCUUAAAGCAUGGCUGCUAUUGUUUGCCAUUACAGAAGCUGUCCUAUUUAUAGCCUAGUUUUACAACAGCCUCUGGCAGGAAACUUUAGGCAUGGAGACAGUGUUUUGCAGAUUUACAGUCAUUAUGUUGUUAAUAAAUGCUUUAUAACCUCUCUGAUCUUUGUUAAAACACUGUGAUUCAUUGCUCAGGGAUGCUUACAAAUCUAAUUUUACCCGGCAUGCAAAGACAAUAAAGCUUUCUUCUCUCCCA